AAGAAAAAGAAGAGUGAUGAUUGAAAUUAGAGAGGCUAUCGUUUGACUUCUGGCAUCUCUCAAUAAAUAUAGCUCUAGUGUCCAAAACCAAAGUCUUGUGAUUGUGAGGAAACAAGGCACCUCCCUCAGAAGCAUCUGCCGUUUUGAAAGCACCCACUUGGAUCACAGCUGAAAUAUCUGAGAGUGAGAAAGAGAGAGAGAGAGAGAGAAAGAGAGAUGGGAAGGGCUCCUUGCUGUGACAAGGCCAACGUGAAAAGAGGGCCAUGGUCACCUGAAGAAGAUGCAAAGUUGAAAGAGUAUAUAGAAAAAUCUGGGACUGGAGGGAAUUGGAUUGCUCUUCCUCAGAAAGCUGGUCUUAAGAGAUGUGGGAAAAGCUGCAGAUUAAGAUGGCUUAACUAUCUCAGACCCAACAUUAAACAUGGUGAAUUCUCUGAUGAUGAAGAUAGGAUAAUAUGCAGCCUCUUUGCUACCAUAGGAAGCAGGUGGUCAAUAAUAGCAGCUCAGUUGCCAGGAAGGACUGACAAUGAUAUUAAGAACUACUGGAACACCAAGCUGAAGAAGAAGCUAAUGGGUGUAUUUCCUCAAUCUCAGAGAAAAUCCCACCAAGUCAUGACUCUCUCAAAUACCCUUCAAGCUUCUUCAUCAUCACCUUCAUCAUCAACAUCUACAUCAUCAUACCAAGGCAGCAACAGUGCAUACUACACUACCCCAGCCAGUUCAUUCACAGGUCUAGAGCCCAUUUCUUUCACAUCAAGCCUUUUGAGCAGCAAUUAUUCUACUAAUCUGCUCGUCUUUGGGAGUGAACCAGCUAGUUGCAGCUCUUCUGAUGGAAGUUCUAACAAUCUGAUUGGCCGUAGCAACGACAGAGAUCAGUAUGAUCAAUAUGGUGAAUUACUGCAGAAUUGUUUCUACAAUGAAGUUGAAGGGAUUAAUCAGAGGUUCAUGAUCUCCAAUGGUGUGUGGGGAGAAACUCCAUUGGAUUAUGGCUUUGAGGAGAUUAAGCGGUUAAUUAGCAGUGGUAGCUGCAACAACCACCUUUUGUUUGAUGAACACAAGACAGAGGAAACACAGUACUACUGAUGCUGACUGUGGGUAAAAUCACAAAAAAGAUUUGAAGGGUAAGGAAGGGAUGGCUUGAAGAUUUAACUUUCCGAAAAGGUUCAAGCCUCAGAUUUGUGGAAGUGGGGUUUAAUGUUCUUGUCUUCUUCAUGGAAACAAUCUUUUGAAAGUACAUGUUAAAGUUUCCUUUGUGCAUUUCUUUUUGGGAAAUGAUGUAUGUUUUAGUACAGUUUAACUGCACUGGUUUUAGGCAUAAAUUUCAUGGAAACUAGAGAAGCCAUGACUGCCCAA